AUGGAUCAUGUUAAAUUCAGCUGUCUUAGCUUUGCAGGCUUUCCAUGUAUGGUUGAGGUAAAGCUGAUAAACUUAAACAUUGAAGACAUCCCAGACGACAUAUGUCAGUUGGAACUCCUAGAGACAUUGGACCUCAGUGGAAAUGAUUUCGUGUAUCUACCCACAUCCAUGAGACAACUUGCCAUGUUAGAGUAUCUCAGCCUUAGUAACUGUCGCAAACUUAAGGCACUGCCACAACUUCCUCAGGUGGGGAGACUCGUACUUUCUGGCUGUGUGAAGCUCGGAUCAUUGAUGGGAAUUCUUGGUGCAGGCAGAAACAAUUUGCUUGAGUUUUGCCUUGAAAAAUGCAAGAGUAUAGGAUCGUUGAUGGGAAUUCUUAAUGUGGAAAAAGCAGCUCCAGGCAGAAAACAGUUGGUUGAGCUUUGCCUUGAAAACUGCAAGAGUCUUGGAUCACUAUCAGAGGAGCUUAGUCAUUUCACCAAGUUAACAUAUCUAGAUCUCAGCAGUCUCAAUUUUAGGAAAAUCCCAACAAGCAUCAGAGAGUUAUCCGUUUUGAGAACUCUCUGCCUCAACAACUGCAAGAAAAUCUAUUCACUGAAAGAUCUUCCAGGGAGCGUCAAGUAUCUCUAUGCACAUGGCUGCGAAUCUCUGGAUCUUGUCUACUUCUCUUCAAAUCAUUCUUUCAACCACUUGGAUUUUAGCCAUUGCCUCGUUCUACAUUGUAUCAGCGAUCUGGUUCUUAAAUUUAUGAACGAGGAAUAUUCUCAAGAGGCUCCAUUUCGACUUUUUUGUACAAGGAUAUUCUCGAGUCCUUCUACUUUUGAUAUUCAAACCUCAUUGAGGGAACCUGCGGGAUCCAACUACCUCAGACUAAAGCUCACCCCAAGCUUGUGGGAUUCUGUGUCCAAAUCGCGGUUGUUUGCGAAAAUCCCUUCCAUCUCCAGUAUCCAGCGUUUUCUUACGGUUGGGACUGUGAAGCUAGCAGGAUAUAUCGGAUUAACCUCAAACCAAAUCUCUAUCAAUCAUCAGAGAUGA